GUUUUUUUUCUUCUUCUUUUUCAAACAAAAAAACUUAUUAUAAACAUGGGUGUUACUGUCGAAACUAUUGCUCCCGGAGACGGAAAGAACUUCCCCAAGAAGGGUGACAGAGUCAGCAUGCACUAUGUUGGUACUCUCGAGAACGGUGACAAGUUUGAUUCUUCUCGUGACCGUGGAAGUCCUUUCAACUGUACCAUUGGUGUUGGUCAAGUUAUCAAGGGUUGGGAUGAAGGUGUCCCCCAAUUGUCUGUCGGACAAAAGGCCAAGUUGACCUGUACUCAUGAUUAUGCUUACGGUGAACGCGGUUAUCCUGGUCUCAUUCCUCCCAGAGCUACUUUGAUCUUUGAAGUUGAACUCCUCAAGAUCAACUAAUUAUUUUUUUGAAUAAAAAACAAAAAAACUUUUUUUUUUA